GGGAGGGGAGAACCGGGGGCGUCCGGGUUCUUGGUGCCGCCUCUUUGGCUCUGGAGUCUUGUCAACCAAUCGCAGAUAAAGUUGUUUUUGUUUUAUGAAAUCGAUAGAAAAGAAAACCCUCUUUCUCUGAAGCUCAGCUGACGGGAAGUAGGGUGUGCAGCUGCAAGUUCGAGAGUUAUCGGACCCCAAAGGCAGGGGCGGGUUCUAGCACCCUGAGCGCCCCGACCCUCUACGUAGCGCAGGCCGGACCAUGGGAACCCCAAAACCGCGGAUCCUGCCCUGGCUGGUGUCACAGCUGGACCUAGGGCAGCUGGAGGGGGUGGCCUGGCUGGACGAGCGCCGCACGCGCUUUCGCAUCCCUUGGAAGCAUGGCUUGCGGCAGGAUGCCCAGCAGGAGGACUUCGGCAUCUUCCAGGCGUGGGCCGAGGUCAGCGGUGCCUACACUCCUGGAAAGGAUAAACCUGAUCUGCCCACCUGGAAGAGGAAUUUCCGAUCUGCCCUGAACCGGAAGGAGGAGUUGCGUGUAGCUGAAGAUCGGAGCAAAGACCCCCACGACCCACACAAGGUCUAUGAGUUUGUGAUCUCAGGAGCUGGGAACUUGCCUGAGUUGGACACCUUUCCAGACACCAAUGGCAGAUACAGUACCUCGGAUACCCAGGAAGACACAUUAGAGGAGUUACUGGGUGACAUGGUCUUGACCCCAUUCCCAGAUGAGGGGCCCUCGAGCCUGGUGGUGGUCCCAGAACAGACGCCUCCACUCUUGCUGAGCCCCACCAUAGACCUCCCCGCUCCCUGCCCAAACUCAGAACCCCCUGAAAACCCGCUGAAGCGGCUCUUGGUGCCUGAUGAAGAGUGGGAGUUCGAGGUGACUGCCUUCUAUCGGGGCCGCCAAGUCUUCCAGCAGACAGUCUCCUGCCCAAGGGGCCUGCGGCUGGUGGCAGCAGCAGGAGGGGACACGAUGCUGCCUGGACAGCCAAUAAUACUGCCAGACCCCGGGGUGUUGGUAACAGACAAGACCGUGAUGGGCUACGUGAGGCGUGUACUGAGCUGCUUGGGUGGGGGACUAGCUCUGUGGAGGGCAGGACAGCAGCUCUGGGCACGGAGGCUGGGGCACUGCCACACAUACUGGGCCCUGGGCGAGGAGCUUCUCCCUGACAGCAGUCCCAGGCCUGGCGGCGAGGUCCCCAAGGAUGAAGAUGGAGACCUGUUCGACCUGAGGCCCUUCGUGUCAGAUCUGAUUGCCUUCAUCAAAGGAAGCCGACACUCACCACGCUACACCCUCUGGUUCUGUGUGGGGGAGCCAUGGCCCCAAGACCAGCCGUGGACCAAGAAGCUGGUGAUGCUCAAGGUUGUUCCCACGUGCCUUAGGGCCCUGCUGGAAAUGGCACGGUUAGAGGGCGCUUCCUCCCUGGAGAACACUGUGGACCUGCACAUUUCCAACAGCUACCCACUCACUCUCACCUCGGACCAGUACAAGGCGUACCUCCAGGACCUGGUUGAGGACAUGGAUUUCUGGGUCACUGGGGAGGUCUGACCCCUCCUCACCGGUGCUGCCUUCUUGUGCCUUCACCCUGGCCAAUAAACUGUUUCUUGCCACUGUUA